AUGCCAAACACCAGAGAACAGUUCAGACACCUCACCGGACGAUAUUCUGCUCCACAGCAUUGGUGUAUGAUAUUCAAACAGGAUGCCCCUGCGCGGUUCGGAAUUGCAAAUGGUAAAAGUAUGGACGAGCAGGCCGAGUUCCAAGCUCCAGUCCUCGCGUGGGAGAGUUGA